GCUCGCUAGGUGUCCUGGGUCUGGGGGGGGGUGCAGGUAAAGAGCCCCCACCGCUAACCCCCGUCAGGCGAGACGACGCAACCCGGCUUCACACCAUUGAACGGAGCGCGCGCGUGUGUGUGUGUGUGUGUCUGGUGUGCACGCGUCUAUGAUUAAUUAAGAAACACAUCACCACGGCCAUUACAUUACACGUGAGGUGGAGGUGAACAGCCUGCCCAGCGCACAAUGGAAGUGACGGCGACCGCGAUGCUGUCCGUGGCAGCCGUGUGUACCUGCGUGUGCCCACCCGCCCUGGCCGUCGGGACACCGCGCCCGGGCUCGCCUCGCAUCGUGGGGGGCUACGAGGUGCCUCCCUACUCCAUCAAGUACCAGGCGUCGCUGCAGCGGCCCCGAGGCUCCCACUUCUGUGGGGGCUCCUUGGUGGGACGGCAGUGGGUGGUGACGGCGGCGCAUUGCAACCUGCGGCUGCCCAUCAUACGCGUGGUGCUUGGGGAAAGUUCCAUUUCCAAAUUGGAGGGGCGCGAGCAGUUCUUCCGCGCGGUGCGGACCAUCCCGCACCCCUUCUACAACUCGCGCACAGAGGACAACGACAUCAUGCUCCUCAAGCUCAACCGCCCGGCCACCCUCAACGCCUUCGUGGGCACCGUAGGGCUCGCGGAGCCGGGCUCGUGGCCCGGCCCCGGCACGCUGUGCCGCGUCUCCGGCUGGGGCCUCACGUCCAGCCUGGGCCGAGCCACCGCCGACCGUCUCCGCGCCGUCCGUGUCCCGCUCGUGCCCAGCGCUCAGUGCAACUCCACGCUCGCCUACAACGGCCUCAUCACCCACAGCAUGGUGUGUGCCGGCUACAGGUCCGGCGGCAAGGACUCGUGCCAGGGAGAUUCCGGGGGUCCUCUGGUGUGCGGCGGCCGCCUGUUUGGGGUCGUGUCGUGGGGGAACAGCUGCGCAGAUUCACGCUACCCCGGCGUCUACAGCAGCAUCGCCCGCUUCCGCUACUGGAUCGAGAUGACCAUCGUACGCGACGCGCGACGCCGCUCCCGCUGGUGACGCUGGAGACGGUGGCAGAGAGGCCGGCGGGGGCGUGGAGGUAGUACGGGGUGGGGGGGGGAGAAACAAAGAGGGAUGGGAUCUGGUCUGGGCUUCCUCUCUUCCUUCCUCUUUCCGCCUACUCCACCCCCGCUGCUCAUUUUAUUUCUCCUCCUUCUCCGACUCGUACUGCUUGCACCGCAUACUCCAGAUUCUACUCCUCAUCCCCCUUGCACCACCACCACCCUCUUUUCUCCUCCUCUUAUUACACAUCUUCCUUCCUCAUCUUCCUCUUUCUAGUCAUCCUCCUCUCUUCUUUUAUUCUGCGUCUAAUCCUCCUCCAUACCCCCCCCGCCCCCAUCCACCUCCUAUUCCUUAUUCUACUUCUAAAUCUCCCUCUUUCCUCUUUCCUCCUCGCUCCUCCUCCCGACUCUACUCCUCGUUCAUAUCACUUUGGUUCAAUAACAGUUUGAUUUGUGACCAUCACGAAUGUCUUCCGACCGAUGUUCCAUCUGCUCUGGCCCGUCUCGUUGCUUCUACAACUCCGGGAGACCGUUGCCCAUAGCUGUCAAGCUAGACGGUUUAGCCGUAUUCAUGUACAGGGAAAUUGAGUUUUCAGGUCCAUACGGUGUACAGCCGUUUUAAUACGGGCAACAACAUUUUUUUUGUCUGUUUGUUUGUGUUUCUCCCUUGCGAUGGGACUUUGUAGGAUGAACGUUGAGAUUUAUAAGGGCACGGGGUGACCAAUAAGGUCUGAAUUGGUCCAUGAUAAGGGUAGGGCACUGAUGAAGGGUUGACAGGUGUGGUUGCUCUUCUCACGUUCUUCCUCUGGCGAACUGCUGGGCACCCUCUCUCGUCAUCUAUUCCCCCACCCCCCCCACCACCCCUGCACGGUGACAUCAUUCGUGAACCUUCUCAUCACAUCCUCCAGAUUAGGUGCGAAGGCAGUCAGCCCGUUGUCUCGCACAUCCGUUCGCUCGGCAUCUUACGGGAUCCGUCGCCAAUCGCGUUCCCUUGUCUCUUUGCCUGGUGAUGCCGAGCCAUUUGCCAAACACACCGCGACUCGAACACCGCAGGCUGCUCUGACUUAGAUGCACACAUCUGGUUGUAGUGUUCAGUAAACGUGGAACGUUGGGCCAACGUUAGGCCAACGGUUCCAACGGCGUGCCAAUGUUCGCCCGACGUUGCGCGUUUAUUGGGUGGUGGUAAGUGUUUUUAUUGUUUCUGGAAGAGCCUCGAGGAGAAGGAUUCAGUCUCCUGGCUCCACCAAAUGGCGUUUGG